GUUGAUGAAUCAGACAGGAAAACGUUUUUCCAAAAAGAAAUCUUUGGUUUUUCAUCAGAAUUUCAUAAAACAUCCUAUUAAAACAUAAAAAUGGCCAAAAAUACAUCUAGUUCUGCGUUCAGAAAGAUUGAUGUUGAUUUGUACUGUGAAGACAAUUAUAAGGAAGAAGACACAGAUGGGGGACCAACAGGACCAGAUGAAAAUGAAGUGAAUAAUUUACUUCAAAAAGGAAAAAAUUUAGAUGCAUUGAAAUUAGUGUUGACGAAUGCUCCACUUGGAAGUAAAAAUCAGCAGACUAAGGAUAACGCUUUACAUCUAACAUUGAAAGUAAUACUGUCUAUAAAACCACCACAAAUUGAAGAUGCCGUGAGUCAAUUAUCUCCUGAAUUGCUUGAUAUUCUAAUGAAAUAUGUUUACAAAGGAUUUGAAUAUCCUUCUGAAGGAAGUAGUGGUCAUUUGCUAUUAUGGCAUGAAAAAAUUUUCAAUCAAGGAGGGAUUGGAUGCAUUGUGAGAGUUCUCUCAGAUACAAGAAGAGCUUGAACUUGAAUAGUUCAUAUGUGAUAAAUAUGCUUGUUUCAUCUUUUAAUUAUUAUUGAAUUUAUUAAUUGGGCAUAAUUCUCAAACGAUUUCCAUAGACCCUUUGAAAAGGAAGCAACUCAAAUUAUCAGAUAUCAAAAAUCUGAUGAAGGAUGUAUGCACUUUCCGUUGAAGUCUCAGAAUUUGAGAAGUAUAUUAUUACAGUAUUGAAAUAUGUUUUGUGUCUUAUAUAAUUAUGAAUUAUCAUUACUUGAAAUCCAUGUUUUGCUAUUUGGUGCCAAUGUUAUCUGAAUGAAUUUUUUUUUAUUCAGUUACAAUAACUUUAUUGGUAAAAUAUCCAGUUGAUUAUAAAAAAUUACACAUUCUGUAGAGAAACCUAUUAAGGUAUAAAAAUAUUUCAGUAGGUAAAAGUUAAUAAAAUAUAGCAAUAUUUUUACCCCAAAA